GCGCCACGCCCAGCGCUGCGUGAUGACGUCACCGGCAGCGUGCCCCUGCGCCUGAAGCCGAGGAGACCCCGCAGCGAGCCGCCAACGCCCGGCGGAGACUCUGAGGUUCACGUUGGAGUUGAUACUGUAGCAGACUUCAGCUAUGCAGACGAUUAAGUGUGUAGUUGUGGGUGAUGGUGCUGUUGGUAAAACCUGUCUCUUAAUUUCUUACACAACAAAUAAAUUUCCAUCGGAAUACGUACCAACGGUUUUUGAUAACUAUGCUGUAACGGUGAUGAUUGGAGGAGAGCCUUACACUCUAGGCCUCUUUGAUACUGCAGGUCAGGAAGAUUAUGAUAGAUUACGACCCCUCAGCUAUCCACAGACAGAUGUAUUUCUGGUCUGUUUUUCAGUGGUAUCUCCUUCUUCAUUUGAAAAUGUGAAAGAAAAGUGGGUACCUGAAAUUACUCACCAUUGUCCAAAGACUCCUUUCCUGCUUGUCGGGACUCAAAUUGAUCUAAGAGAUGAUCCCUCAACAAUUGAAAAACUUGCCAAGAACAAGCAGAAGCCCAUAACUCCAGAGACAGCCGAAAAACUGGCCCGGGACCUGAAGGCUGUUAAAUACGUGGAGUGCUCUGCGCUUACGCAGGAGAAAAACAGCUCGGAAUGAAUGUGAAAGGAUGUGAGCUUCAUUUCUCCUGUUGACACAGUAGCUUUCUCUGUCCUGUUGUUCUCAGGCACGAGGAGCUGGCAGUGGUACAAAGCGAAUCAGCCUGUGAAGAUUUAGGCACAAGUGGAGAGGGGAGGUGAAGGAUUUGCUUGCUGGGUUUGCUUUUGUGUUGGAGCAAAGUAGUUAUCUAAAACUUAGAAGGCAUGUUACAGACAGUAAGUGGAUUAGGAUGCAGUUCACAACUGAAGAGAGCAGUCAAAGGAAAAAAAAGAUCUCAGUUUCUGUCUUAGUGAAGUAAGUUUUGUUCCUUCUAUGAAUAGAAGCCUUCCUAAUUGAGAGCUUCUUUCUCUUCCUUUUUAGAGCUUCCUUUCUCUUCUCCCCACCUAGUCUAUGGUGAUCUGUUUCCUUUGUAUGCCUUAAGAUGGAAGUUCUGUUGAAACAGAGAAUACUAAUCAUAUAGUUCUUAAGAUACAAACGUGGCUGUGCUGUGAACUAAUGUGUGAAAAUGAGUCUAAAAACAACUGAAAUUGCUGACUUGAGGCACCAAAACCUGGCAGUCUUUUCCCCUUAAGUUAGUGUGGGGAGAGUGGUUAAGUGUUGGCUGGCUAGCUGGGAUCUACUUUGUCUUUGGAUGCCCUGGGAACAUAAUCUUUUGUGUCCACUCCUGCACGAUAUAUUACAACUCUUAGCAGUUUAUUUAAUGCUCCUCUGUGAAGAAUUAGUACCUACUUGAUGUACACAAACCAGAGGUGCACAGAUUCAAGCUUGUCAUUCUUUGUCAUUUUGUUACACUGAUCUAUUGUAUCUUGAGCACAAAGCUUUGUUGCUGAGCUUCCAAGCCUGAAGUUCUGCUUCCCUUGCACCUUCUGCCCAGGUUGCACAGUGGCUUUUCCAUUUGGCAUCCUGAAGCUUUUUUUUUUUUUCCAAACUGAGAACAGCCUUCUGAGGGGAUGUGUGGGACACUGCCCUGGAAGUAUUGUGGCAAGGCAUCCUGCUAUACAUGAUGUCAGUUGCACAAUCUGAAUGCUGCUGCUGGCUAGACUGUGGAACAUACUUGUUGGUGAAAUGGAUUUUUUGCCCUUUCCUCUGGAUCUUUAAGUUUGCCUUGUUCAAUCUGUUCAAAUUACAUGGAAGCACCUGAAAUUAUUAGAAGGGCUGAUAUAACAAUUUAAUUUUUUACCUCUUCUUUUAAUUUCCAGAUAAAUUAAGUGUAUCAGUUGCAGAGAACAGUUUUAUGCGCUUGGAAGCUCAGCCUGAAUUUCCUCCAGAGCACUCUAGUGGCUGUAUACCCAGUAGUGGUCUCAGAAGUUGGGAAUAAUCUGAUAGGAUGAUUCUGAGGCUUUUUCACCUGAAAGAUUAGUCAGCCUUCUGCUCUGCUCUUUUUACUUCAUUUGUCAUUGACCUUCCCUGCAAAACAUCUCUUACUCAGCCUGUUGGUAAUAGCUGCCAAACAGAAAUGUAGAUGUCUGCAAAGGGGGGAUGUUUGAAGUUUCCAGCAGAGAUGUAGCUGGUGGCUUGCUGAGCACAGAGGGUAGCUGGCUGUUGUAGCCUGGAGGAUUGUUUUCCUACCUGCAAGGCAGUGCUGUAGUAGUUGGUUUCAAGUGAAGCUAGGUUCAGCUGGGUAAUUCCAGUUAUCUCUUUACCUUGGCAUCCAUCUCCACACUUCAUCUCAGCUGUCUGAGGUUUUCUGCCUUCCCACUAACUUGCAAAUGACUUCACAAGAGUAGUAAAUAAUCAUAAAAUUACAGAGCUAUUAUUUUUGUUUUCCCCAGGAUUUAAGAUUUCACUUGUCUGUGUGGAACAGUCAGAUGUUCUGAACACAAUAUGUGAACCCUAAGAGGCUGAGUUUGACUCUGUUCUGUAAAGGCAGAGUAUCUGCACCAUCGUGAGUCUGGAUGACUCUGCAGUGGAAAAGAGUGAACUGGCUUCCCUCCCUCUCCAACAUUUUUUUCUUUAGGUAUAGUGCUUUUUUUGUGAUGAAAGCACUGAAGUAGGUCAGUACUGAUGCCUUCAGCCUUUUUCCUACAAAAUAAUAGCCAAACACCACUGUCAGAAGUAGAUGACACUUCCUUUUUAGGGCAGGGUGACGGACUUGCGAAUAAAAUCUGUUGUUGUUUCUG